AUUAUGACAAAUAAAGUUCCAUCCUUAAUUACACUUGGAGUGGAUAGAUAAGGCCUCUAAAAAUUUGAUGACAAGAUGCAGUUAGGAAAUGAGGAAUUCAAAAUUUCAGGCGUGAAAAUAAGUUUGGAUGAAACCUAGAUAUGUGGAAUCUCUUUUACAUACUAAAAUAUCAAAACUGGCAGAAAAAUAAUCUGUAAUGACACAUGCAUAACAGGAAGAAACAUAAGUCAAUAUGAAUUCGAAAUAGGUCAAAGUAAUAAUAAAUUUUAAAUUCAGAUGAUUUUAUAUAAGUUCUAUUUGGAUAUUACGAAUCUGGAAUUACUUAAUUAGGAAUUAUAACUUAUAAGGGAUAGCAAGUGAUUUUUGGAAAGGACCAAGGUUAUAAAUUUAAUCACAUGUUUAUGGGUUACACUUUUACAGGAUGUUGUGGUUCAUAUAAAAAGGGAUGCGUAGAAUCCUUAACUUUCAGAGUAAUAAAAUUACCAAGAGAAUUUUUAACUCAGCAAGUAUGUAUUAAUGAUAGAUUCAAGUAGUUCACUCCUUUACUAGGAAUCUUAUAUCCAGAUAAUCCAUAUGAAAAUAUAGUUCUUACUAAUUUUGAAUAGGAACAACAAUAUUAAUAUGAAUAACAACCCCAACCUGUUGUGUAGCCAGCUGUUUCAUCUGAAAUUAUUUACUCGAUGAUGCCAAAUUAGCCUCCCUAAUCACAAUCCCCUUAUCCAGUUCAAAAUCAAUAAGUUCCUCAGAAUUAGAUGUCUCCUUAUGGAAAUCCUUAUUAAUAACCAAUUCAAUAAUAACCAUAUUAAUAAUAUCCAAACAAUUAGUAAUAUCCAAAUAAUUAAUAAUACCCUAAUAAUUAGUAGUACUACUCCACACCACAACAAGGAGCGAAUCAGGUAAUUGUAGUGAAUUAACAAUAACAACCACAAUAAUAAUAAUAGUAUUAAAAACAAGGCCCUGGAUUUGCAGGUACAAUGGCUAGAACUGCUUUGGGAACUUUUGCAGCUAUAGAAACUGUCAGAAUGAUUGAAAAUAUUGGUCAUCAUCAUCAUCAUUCUGCAAACGUAGUUGUUGUUGGUAUCAUAUUCAUUUAUAUCAUUUAGGAAAUAAACAUCAUGGACACCACCAUCACAGAAGAUGAAUUGCAAAAUUGUG